AUGGGAGGCUGCCACGGCAAAACCUGCCUAGAAGCUGGGGGGGCCGCGAGCCUUCCCAACGAUCCCGGCAGCAGCAGCGAAGCAGCGACAAGCAGCAGCAGCAGCAGCAGCAGCAGCAGGCCCUCCGGCACGACGCUUGUCCUUCCGUUCUCCAUAUGCAACGGCUGCAGCGGUAGAGCAAGCAGCAGCAGCAGCAGCAGCAGCAGCAACGAGCCCGUCAGCGGCUGUGUUGUCAAUAGCAGCACGACGCAAGAGAGCAGCGAGGGAGCAGCAGCAGCAGAAGUGGUCGCUGCAGCAGCAGCAGCAGCAGGCCAGAGCAGCAGGCCUUCAGAAGCAGCAGCAGAAGCGGCAGCAGCUGCGGCUGCUGUAGGCUGCAUGCGCCACGCAACCCCUGCUGCUGCGGCCGCCGCAGCCGCAGCAGCAGCAGCAGCAGCAGAAGCAGCAGCUGCUGCUGCUGGCUCUCCAAAUGAAGCCUUGUGGCCCAUCUUUGAGCUGCGGAUGCAUGCAAAUUCUGAUGAUUAUUUUUCUCCUUUUGCUGCUGCUCUCCCGCUGCUGCAAAUCGAAGACAAAACCCUCAAAAGGCAACUCAGGGAAAGAGCCACGAACUACGUGCUGGCAGCAAUGGAGAACUGCAUGCAUGACCGCCAUGUCUUCCGCAUUAGCUAUUCUCCCAAGUACACAGACGACGCGUUUGAGGUUGUUUCUUUGCCUUUAGACCAUCCCUUUCUGCAGCUGCCGCAGCCAAUUGUCCUCAACUUUGCUGCUUCCCCUGCUGCUGCUCACUUUGUAGUUGCUGCUGCUGCUGUUGCAGGCAGCAAGCUCGGGCUGCUGCAGAGCGCGUUCCCUUCGUCCGCUGCUGCAGCACGUGAUGCCGGCGGCCCCAGUGCUGCUGCUGCUGCUGCUGCUGCUGCUGCGCCCCCUGCUGCUGCCAGCGAGCCGUCUCGAAGGCAUGCUGGCCCUGGCGGGGCUUCAAGCAGCGCUGCUGUGGCAGCAGAAUCGCAGGCCCCACCUGCUGCUGCUGCUGCUGCUGCUGAGCGCGCUGCAGCGGCGACGACAGCAGCAGCAGCAGCAGCAGUAGCUGACGAGAUUGCCUGUGGGGCGCCAGAGAGUGUGCUCCGUUCCGCAGCAGUUAGUGCAGCAGAAAGUGCUGCUGCUGCUGUUGCUCAGGCAGAAGCAGCAGCAGAAGAGGCCCCUGCUGCUGCUGCUGCAGUUGCAAUGGUCUUCGAGAGAUCGCUGCAGCUGCCAGAAGCAGCUUGGCGCAGUCUAGGGGUGAGUCUAGCUAGCUAG